GUGUUUGUGGGUGGUGGGGGGGGGGGGGGGAUCGUGCACUAGCAUCCAGUGCGCAGUGAAGGGAGAAAAGUGCCCAACUGAUAGGAGAACAAGAAAGUAGUAUUUUCAAUUUGUGUAUAUGCUGUUUAAAAUAUGAUGCUGUCAUGUAAGGAGGUUUGCAUCAUACUUUUAAACCGACCUGCUUCUGUGCAGAGAAUGUAUUGGAGCACUAAAAAUGAGCAAACUCCAUAUGCCAGAGAUGAUAUGAAUGGCUUUUAUAAUGGCCGCUUGCAGUAUUAAUGACGUUGGGUCUUGGGGAAUGAAAACGUCCUUAAUACAUGGGCUUUUUUGCAUCAUUAAUGAAAUGGGGGAUUUUCAUAUUAUGACAGAGUGAAAGAUAAUUUCUCUUUCAGCAUGAACAUUUAGGCCUCACUUUACAACUUCAAAAGUUUCUUGCUUUAGUUUUGAACAAUUCUUUUUGUGCAUUAGGUAAAGGCUGAUUUGCAUCAAGAUUCAAGUUUAGAGUUCUUGCAGGUUGCUUCAGAUGAGCUGCAUUUUACAAGGAAUAGCAAUUACCCUGUGCAGCUCUAUGCUUGUUGAUGCGCAUCAGGCAUCUGUCAUUUGAAGCAACAUGUUGAUAACUUGAUAUGCAUCACCCAGGUGUAAAACAAACUGUCGCUCUGUUGCGGUCAAUUAAAGAUGGGGCAGAUGUAAUAAUUGCGUGUGAUGUAUGACGAUGAAAAACAUCCCAAAGCGGGAUAAAAAGGAGAGUGGAAGGUGGAAAAUAUUGUGUGUCAAUCCAGCUUUGUGUGUGAGAUAAACCUUUUUCUGUAUUUUUGUGUGCCUGUGCCAAGCAAGCAGUUCUACACGGCCCUUUGGGAAAAUCUGCUAAAUGUCACUGAUCGUGUGACUGAUUGUCCGUGCAAAGCCAUCCCAGACUGUUGGACACUUUUAUGCCCAAUGCACAGUGGCGUACAUGCAGAGAGCAAAUGUGUGUGUUUUUUUGUGUGUAUAUUUAUUAGUUUUACAGAAACAUGGAAUCAUGUAUUCCAACAAGUACAACAUCUGCACUGGAUUGUUUUCAAGUAUUAAUGAUGAGCAAUAUCACAAAGCAGUUAAUUAGGUCGAGGCUGCAGAACACACUUGUUAUGCAUGUUAUUUGCAUUCCUUCUCCAAACAUUUUAUCCCGCUUCUGCAGCAUCAACCUCCUCCUCCUACUCCUCCGCCUGCUCUUCUUCCUGCUUGCUGACUUGAGUCACUCCAUAUUUACACUUGUCCACUCCCAGCUUCCGAGUGAGUCACUGUCUUCACCCUCACAUGUCCCCGCCAAUGAUGGGUGUUAUUAUUGCUGUGGGCAGUCUGCAUGCAUGUGGGAGAAAGCGGCACUCCAGAAAAGGAGAACAAUAUCCACAGCACAUAUAGCUUUGUGGUCAGAGUACUAAGACAGGUGGAUCUUAACAGCGUAAUUUUAAAAUAAUAAAAUGACUUAUAUUGGAUAUAUGUAUCAUUUGAAUGUGUUUUUGUUGCUGCUGUUUCUCGACUUCGGUUCCUCGAUCAGUUUUUGGCUUUACUUCAAUGUCCAAUAUAAUUUAGUUGAUACAUUUAUAAUCAAUUUAUAAUUUGGAUUAGUAAGGGUUACGAGUGUAAAAAAACAGUGUUGUAUUAUUGGGUGAUUUAUACAUAUACCAUUUAUCAAAACAGUUGUGUGAAAUUAUUAAAUGACGCAUUUCAGUUCUAUUCAGUGGGGUUCAACACCACUGCACUUUCUGCAAACUACAACGAUGAUAACAACUAAAUUGUUAACCAAAUUUUCUUAAUAUAUCUCUUGUGUGCAGUAUAGCUAACGUGUGGCCAGUGUGUGUUACUAGUAAAUUUAGACUUGAUAUACUUUCAUUUGCAAUAUGAUGAUGGAUUUAAGCCUGACCUCCUUGAUUUCUAAUGAUAUUCAUUUUACUGUGUAUUUGUGUUGGCAAAUUGGUGGUUAGUAAAAGGACAGAGGAAACAGAAACGUGAUUUGGGGGUCAUUUGAUAUUUGUUUUUUAAUUCAUUAUCACCCAGAUUUUUUUUUACGUAUAUGCAUUCUCUUUUCCUUGUCUUUCCGGUUUUCUUAAUGUGCUCCCCUAGGUUAUAAAUACAGGCAGUAAUUGCGUGCUUGAAUAACAGCAGAAGCCUGGUCGCCUGACUUGCUCAUAAAUUGGUUUUGCCGGUGCAUGCAUUGGAAAGGGCGGUGGCGCUGCCAAAAAAAAAGAGAGUCGAGGAGAGGGAAAAGAUUUUGUCGGAUUCAUUUCACAACAGUCAGUUGCAGAAGGGAAUUGGGUGCCCAGUAAUGACCUUGAUCGAAAGCUAUGUCAUUCAAAACAAAUUCUCUCGACAAUUAGGUUUAUUUUUCUUUAUUAGAUAAUUUUGUCAGAAUCAAAAUGAAAGCUGCAUCGUUUGAGCGAGCCCCCUCCCUCCCUCCUUCCCUUUGCCCACAGAGCAACAACACUGCACAGGGAGGAGAGAGAGGAGGAGAGAAAUCAGUCUGGCUCGGAGGGCAAACAUUUUCAUCCAUAACAACGCAAACAUGGACACACAGGAACGAAAGAAAGCGAAAUGGGCACCAGCGAGGUAGCAGGCGGCGUUCUGCACGUAGUCAUGCAGGCUAUUUUCUUGUUCUCAGCGUGGUGGAACACACGCAUCUGAUUUUAAAAAGCCCGAUUUUUUUCCUCCACCUACUGCCUCCCUGCGAUGGCAACAACAGCGCCUUACGGAUUAUGUUUGAUUAUUUUAAUAUACGGUGGCUGUGCGAGGGGGCAGAUUCACUACUCCCUUCCGGAGGAGCUGGAGAACGGCGCACAGGUGGGUGAUAUUGCCCGUGAUUUGAGUGUGGACCUGAGGAAACUUACCACCCGUCGCAUCCGUGUGACGCCUGAAAGUGGACAGAGAUAUUUCACCGUUAAUCACAAAAAUGGCAAGUUGGUAGUGAGUGACCGUAUCGACCGGGAGACCCUUUGUAAAGUGGGUGACACCUGUGUGCUCAGGCUUGAGGUGAUUUUGGACCACCCCGUGGAAGUGCACAACGUAGAGGUGAACAUUCUGGACGUUAACGAUAACCCACCGAGUUUCCCGCGUUCGGAGUACCUGCUAGAAGUGUCCGAAUCUGCUCUAACAGGAUCAAAGUUCCACAUCGAGGCCGCUCAAGAUCCAGACGAUGGCUCCAACUCUGUGAAGCAGUACCGCCUCAGCCCCAACCAGCAUCUAACGCUGGACUCUGUUAAGCCCUUCUCUAAUAACAAGCACAUUGAGCUUAUUCUCAAAAAGCCUUUUGAUCGUGAACAGACGCCAUCUGAUCAGCUCAUCCUAACAGCAGUGGAUGGAGGCAUCCCGCAGAGAAGUGGCACAGCCAAAAUCAAUGUACGCAUCCUUGAUGCAAACGACAAUGUGCCUGCUUUUGACAGCUCGGUGUAUAAAGUCAAAGUGUAUGAAAACACCCCAAAGGGAACCCUUGUGAUUCAAUUAAAUGCUACAGACCUUGACGAGGGCUCCAACGGGGAUGUUUUUUACUCCUUCAGCAGUUACACUCCAGAACGGGUCAGACAGCUGUUUUCCAUGGAUACAGACACAGGGACGAUAACAGUGACAAACAAUAUAGACUAUGAGGAGACGAGCUCGUAUGAAAUCUACAUUCAGGCCAUGGACAAGGGGCCGGCCGCUGUGGCAGUGCACUGUAAAGUAGUGGUAGAAGUUAUAGACGUUAAUGACAACGUCCCUGAAAUUGUCCUGUCAUCUCUCUCCGUUCCUGUACGCGAGGACACCCGCGCAGACACAGUUGUUGCUCUGGUUAGCGUAAACGACCGAGAUUCUGGACCUAACAAGCAAGUCGUGCUGGAUCUCAUGCCGCCAACUCCCUUCAAAAUCAAAUCCUUCCGUACCCACUACACCGUCGUCACUUCUGCAUUUCUGGACCGUGAAACUAUCUCAUCCUACAACAUCACCAUACGUGCCAUAGAUGGAGGAACACCCCCUCUGUCAUCUCAAAUAACCUUUGAAGUAGGCGUUGCAGAUGUAAACGACAACCCGCCACGAUUCGAACAAACAUCGUAUACCGUUUACAUCACGGAGAACAAUGCACCAGGUUCGCCACUGUGUGCGGUUAAAGCCACGGAUGCUGAUGCGGGAGAAAAUGCUCGCAUUACUUAUACUGUCCUCAAUGACAACAAUCACGGCAUCCCCGUGGCGAGCUACGUCAGUGUCAGAUCCCACACAGGUGAGGCCUAUGCCCUGCGAACCUUUGACUUUGAAAAGCUGAGAGAGUUUCACUUUCAGGUUAAAGCACAGGACAAGGGCAUGCCACCGCUAAGCCGCGUGGCCACUGUCUAUGUUUACAUUAUGGAUCAGAACGAUCACAAGCCAAGGAUUGUGUACCCCCCUGCCAACGGGAGCCGCACCUCAGAGACCCUGCUGAAGAACGCCGAGGCUGGAGUGUUGGUAACAAAGGUGGUGGCGUGGGAUGGGGAUGCAGGGCAGAACGCUUGGCUGCUAUAUGCCUUUCAGCCGCCUCACAUGGAGUUAGACCUCUUCAAGUUGCACGAGCACACUGGCGAGAUCCGCACCACGAGGCGAGUCAUUGAGGAUAACUCCACCUCCUUUGCUCUGAGUGUUCUGGUGCGUGACAAUGGCCUGCCGCCACUCUCAUCCACCGCGACCAUCCAUGUGCACGUGAUGGAGCUCAUGCCUAAGUUGACCCCCGACCCGAAGCGUAUCAUCAGGCCCGAAAGCCCCUUGAUGUUUUCCCAUGUCACUAUCUACCUCAUCAUCGCCCUGUGUGCCACCACCUUUGUGUUCUUGGUCACUGUUUGUGUGCUGGCCAUCGUGCGUUGCCAUGCCUACUGCACCCAGCCCGGUUCCUGCUCCCCUUGCUGUGUAUCCAAGGAGAGUCGGCCCGAGGGUAGCGCCGCAACCGGCAGUGGAGGCGGAGGACGACCCCCAUCAGGGCGAGGUCAGACCAGUGCCAACGUGGCUCUGCGCCGAGAUCUUAAAGUAGAACCGCAUUACAUUGAAGUGCGGGGCAAUGGGUCCGUGACCAAAACGUACUGUUAUAAAACAUGCCUGACAGCAACUUCCGGAAGCGACACGUUUAUGUUCUACAACACGGGACGACCCCACAGUGGCACCUGGGGCUCCAGCUAUGUCACCAGCCACAGCGGACACAGCCAGAUAAUUGUUCGCCGUCUCAGUAUGCCAGAUGCCACUGCCAUUCAGCCAAAGGUGCCAAAUUCUGACUGGAGAUAUUCAGCCUCCCUGAGAGCAGGUGGUGUAAUGCAGAGCUCAGUACAUCUGGAGGAGUCCUCUGUGAUGCAGGGAGCCCAAGGUGUUCUGGUUCAGAACUGGCCCACAGCAUCAAGCGCUGCUGAUGCUGAAGGGGGAGAGGUCUCGCCCCCAAUGGGUGCCGGAGUCGACAGUAACAGCUGGCACUUUCGUUACGGCCCCGGGGGUCCCGGUGCACCCCCGCAGCACCUGAAGCCCGGCGAGGUUCCCCCAGAAGCGUUCAUCAUCCCUGGCUCCCCCGCCAUCAUAUCCAUCAGACAGAACCAGGGAGAUGACGACAAGAGCGACUUCAUCACCUUUGGAAAGAAGGAGGAGGCCAAGAAGAAGAAAAAGAAGAAGAAGGACAAGAAGGACAAAAAGGAUAAGGGAAAAGAUGAUGACGAGUAAAGAAGCGAGAGGUGAAAAUUGGCAAAGAAAAAAAAAAGGGUGUUGCUAAAACAGAGGUACCAACCAAAGUCCACUGGGUUUAUUUGUAACCUGGCCUUUACCUUCAGUUCCUUACUGAGGUAAAUUUUCUUGCCUUGACAAAAAUUAAAAAGAUUGAUUUUCACCCAUGCCCCCAUGUGCCUAUACACCCCGACUUAACUAUACUGUUGUUAGCAAAAACGCAACAUCAGUCCUAAUUGUUUAACCCAUUGGGCAUGUUGGCACCUCUGUAUUACCCCCUCCCCACAAAUAAUGAAUCAUGCUCCGUGAGAGUGGACAAAUAACUUUGUGCCAGCCAAGGAAAAGAAGUCAGAUGUAUACAAUCUGGGGCUGGACAAACACAUGUAACACACACGCAUAUAUCCACGCAACCUGUAAAUAGCACUGGGGAGAGUCACCGAAACAAAGGCCAACAGUCUGCUGCAGAGUGCUUACUACCAACAGUGUUUCCUGUGAUCUCAAACAAUCCACAUACUUACAUGCAUGCUCACACAGUCCAACAUGCUAACACAAACUUUGCGAUGUGGACACCGACAGCACUCGAAAAAAAGUUUAAAAAAGACCAAGAGGGAGAAAAUAAUGUGCUGAAAAUUCGACACAGCAAGCUUUCUGUCACCGAUGGGGUAUCAACUCUCAGGAUGGAAGGAGCAUCCUUUUGCUAUCACUCUGCAUUUGCUUCCUGCUUUGAACGGACCGAGAGAGCUACUGCUCCAGCCGGAAACUCAAGUCAAAGAGCACCGGCAAGUUGGAGAGAUGCGAAGAUCCCUCACACUCUCCUGAGGAUCAUCACCAAGGAGGAAGAGUCCGUCUAUCAGUCGGUGGACUCUGAAGAAAAUAAGCAGAAUAUUAUUCGUAGAAUCUUGAGAUUUUGAUAACGCCCCUUCUUAUGUCCCCAUGCUGCAGCAAAAGCUGAAAGCUUUCUGCUUUGAAUGUUUGGUAGCAAGCGGUCCUUACCUUUUCCACCUGCUUGUGCUCCCCCAUGCUACCACAAACUAUGUCUCCCCCCCAACCCCACUGACUGCCUCUUCAUGUCAAGAUGAAGCAAACCUACUUUCCUUAAUUCUCUGAAGAGAUUCACAGUACAUGUUUUUGCCAUUUUAUGUAGAGACCCGCGCCCCCACCAUCACCCUCCUCAGAUUCUUGCAUGUCUACACCCUCAGACGAUACCCCUCACCCCCUGCUCAGGACCCUUCCUGUGAAAACGGCCUGCUCUGAACAUUGUGGUGUGCUGACAACAGCAUGGAGUAAUGUGGAUGUGGCCCAUCAGGGGGUGGAGCGGAGCGGGGGGGGGCCCUACGCCGUGAACUCUUGUCUCGAAAAGUGCAAAACGGUUCAGUGCUUUUAACAUGUGAAUACUACACGAUGAUGUUCACUUCGCUGCUGUUGUGAGACGGGAUCGGGUGGGAUUGCGAUAAAUCGCAGGGGCACAGGACCGGACAGGAAGCGAGGAGCCGGGUGCCUUGGGCUGGCCCUCCCCCACUCAAGUUUGCAAGAUUGAUUGAUUGUUUAUGAUCAUGGAGUCGCAUACUAUCUUUUACGUACGCUGUAAAUGUAGCGUUUGAUUGAUUGUCUCUACACUAGUAAUUGAACCUGCUAAAAAUACAAAAUGGCAUCCGAAAUAUAACCGCUAAAUCCCACCAGUCCUCUGAUGGGGCAAUAAGUACGAGGCUGAAACCUGCCUCCAUGCUUCUGUUGGUCCCCCUCCCCUGCCUGUAACUCCUGUUACCACCUUCCCCCAAGGUUUUGCGGCUCAGUAUGAUGUCACUCCAUUAAGUGGCUGCUGCAUGUACUGCUCUAAGGAAACACAUACUAUAUAGAGAAAUAUAUAUAUAAAUAGAUAGCAACAAUUUUAUUUUUUUUGUAUUAUCAUUUUUUCUCUUCAUUAUUCACACGGGAUCUAUUUGUAUGUACUUCUCUUGUCUAUGCCACACAUCAAUGUAUUACAAUUGUCACGCUCUACCGAUGUGUUAUGGCAUCCACUAAACCUCUUUCAAUAUUUGUAAUGCUAUAGUGUGAAAUAUACGUUUUAAUGCAUUUUCCCCAAAUUUUGAGUUAUGCUUUUGAAAACAAGCAAAAAAAAAAAGACAAAAAAAUAUUCUGUCCGGCUUUGACAUGAACUAACACUGUAAUAUUGUAAGUGAAAUAUGUAUGAUCCUAUGAUGAGUUACCACUUCCCUGUCAUUCUUGCAAAAAAUAUACAAAAAAAAAACUGUGGGGAA